AUGCAGAUCGCCGAGAUCCUCUCAGACCUAACUUCCCUCCGCGUCUGCGAUCCCGCCGCAGCCCUCUCCCUCGUCUCCGCGCGCCCACAUCCUUCCCCUUCAAGCUUGAAACCUAUUACCAGUGCCACCAAAAAAGAAGACGACACGGAUUUGAAGCGCGCAAAGGAUCUGGUGGAGCUGCAUUACGCGGUCAAAGUGGCGCAUGGAGACGGAGAACCGGAUCAGGAGCUUGUGGAGUUGAGGGGCAGUGUGAGGAGGGCCGUUGGGGCGCGGUGA